CUCCACAAUUAUAAUGUUACGUGGUUCCUUAUCACAUCCACUUUUAUUAUUGUCCACUUUUAUUAUUGCAGAGCGAGGCGAAGUAGAAAAACAAAGUACCCCAUUGGAAAAUGGCAGCUUCAGUCCUCUCAACUGCCGGCGUUAUCGGCCGCGCCGCCCAAGCCACCGCGCUCCCGCCCUUCACCGGCCUCAAAUCCUCCGCCGCCUUCCCCAUCUCCAAGAAGUCCGCCGCCGACACCGCUUCCUUGGCCACCAACGGUCUCAGAGUACAGUGUAUGAAGGUGUGGCCACCGGCGGAAAACAAGAAGUUUGAGACAUUGUCAUACCUCCCAGACUUGACCGACGAGCAGUUGUAUAAACAAGUGGAGUACCUCCUCAGGAAUCAAUGGAUCCCUUGCUUGGAAUUCGAGUUGGAGAAUCCAUUCGUGCAACGCGAAAACCACAGGUCUCCGGGAUACUAUGACGGGCGAUACUGGACGCUGUGGAAGUUGCCGAUGUUCGGGUGCACCGAACCGGGGCAGGUGCUGGCAGAGCUGGAGGAGUGCAAGAAGAGUUACCCCAAUGCUUGGAUUCGCCUCCUCGGCUUCGACAACCAGCGCCAGACUCAGUGCGUCUGUGUCAUGGCCCACAAGCCCGCCUCUUCCUCUUCUUCUCCUUCUUAAUGAGUUACUUGCAGUCGUCCAUGAUCAUAUAUAUAUACAUCCAUAUAUCUAUUGUCUAUUCGGAACCCACUUGUAGUGGGAAUGUAACUUGUUGUUGUUGUAAUGCUGUAUACAUAUAUAGGCUUCAGGCCGUGCGUGCAUGCAUGCAUGUUAAUUGGUUGUUUCUGUUUUUGUCAUUGCUUUGUAAGAUUAUUAUAUAUGGCACUUGGGCAAUUCAAUAACCAAGAAGACAUAAAAAAACACCUUAAUGAUCUUCUUUAAUGUGUUUAAUUUGGGUAGAGAGAGAACUUCGUUGUAUGAUGGACGAGUUUGAGAUGAUAAUGUUGACGAUUGGAGUGAAAGCGAA